GAAGAAUCACAACCAAAACUAUCAAAAAAUGCACAAAAAAAAUUAAUUAAAAAACAAAGAUGGGAAGAAUUUAAAGAUAAAAAAAAAAUAUUUUUAAGAGAAAAAAAGAAAGAAAAUAGAAAGAAAAAAAGAGAACAAAUGACAGAAGAAGAAAGAUCAGAGGCAAUUAAAUUAAGAUUUUUAAAAAAUAGGGAUAUUAGCACAUUAGAAUAUUUUGGUAAUGUUUUGUUUGACUUUGAAAUGUAUGAUAAAAUGUCAGAGAAAGAAAAGAAGUCAUUAAUCACUCAGAUGUCUUUCUUACAUAGUGCCAAUACCAUUUCACAAAAACCAGUUUAUUUACAUGCAACUGGGGUCACUCCAGAGAUAAAACAAGAGUUACACAAAGGAUGUCCAUUUAAAAUGUUACAGUGCUACGAAGAACCAUAUAUUGAAAAAUUCAGUAAGGACGAGUUGGUUUAUUUAACUUCAGACUCACCAAAUGUUAUCACCGAGUUAGACCCAAAUAAAAAGUAUAUUAUAGGUGCUAUUGUAGAUUACAAUCGUUUGAAGGGUUACACAUUCGAAAAAGCAAAUUCUCAAGGUAUCGCAACUGCUCAAUUACCAAUUGGGGAGUUCAUUAAAAUGGUUUCAAGAAAAGUUUUAGCAGUAAAUCAUGUAUUCCAAAUUUUAAAUGAAUUUUUAGUUUGUAACAAUUGGAAAGAUGCUUUUGAAAAAGUUAUACCCAAAAGAAAAUUUGAA